AUGGAUCCGUUCAACGCCAUUGGUUUAGUUGGCAAUAUUCGUGCCUUCCUCGGGAUCGGGAUUCACGUCGUCAAGCACGGACAGAGGAUCUACCGCUCCGCCUCGGGCGCGACGCAACAGAAUGAAGACCUGGCGGCGACGAAUGCCCGCUUCCGGCAGGUCGUGGCCUAUUUGCAAAAGCAACACGUAUCGGUCGACAGGGCUCUCCGGCCGGAUGAGUGGGCUCUGCACGAUCUCUGCGUCGAAUGCUGCGGGGUGGCCGAUGAGUUGCAGCAGCUCCUGGAUGGACUACGUGUGAAAGGCGAUCGCGGCAGGGCGGCGCAGAUAGCCAAGGUGAUGUGGCAAGACUGGCGGUGCAAGGAACGGAAGAUGGAGCUGCAGAACAAAUUAUCCAGUUACGAGAGGCAGUUGAAUCUGUUUCUUACCAAUUCCGCCAGGCUAGAAGAGGGGACUGGUAUCUUCUAUAUCUCUGGCAAGCCGGGCUCUGGGAAGUCCACGUUGAUAAAAUAUAUUUGCCGACACCAGAGAACGGAACAGCAUUUACAGGUUUGGUCGGCCACCAAGACUCUGGUGGUAGCCAGGUUCUUCUUCUGGAAGCCCGGGCAGGCUCUUCAAAAGACCUUUCGCGGCCUGGUCCGAGGCAUCAUUUACUCAAUUGUAUCACAGGCAACGGAGUUGAUACCGCUCCUGUUACCCAGGCAGUGGAACGCUACCAUCGGUGGAAUGCAGCCGGUUCUUGACGACGACAGUGAGAUUUUUGCUGCAUUCAGCACGCUGAUAGAAAGCGAUUCCAUCUAUUCUACACACAAAAUCGCGGUGUUCAUUGACGGCCUCGAUGACUUCGAGGGAGACCGCACUCAAAUGACACAAACCUUGAAACGCUGGACUAUCUCUAGAUCAUCAAAUGUCAAAGUCUGUGUGUCUAGUCGGGAGGAGAUUGAGUUUCAAGACGCCUUCAAGUUUGGCCCGAGGCUGCGACUACAUGAAGUAACCCAAUCUGAUAUCCUGAGCGUGGUCCGGAGCCGGCUGGGUCAGAACGAACUUUACGUUCUGCUUGGAACACCGGAUCAAAGAAAGUCACUAGAAGAAACCAUUACGAGCAGGCCUGAGGGCCUCUUUCUGUGGAUCAAGUUGAUCCUGCAAAGGGUCGAGCAUAGUGUGCUCAGUGGUGAUCUACUCGAGGAUUUGGAACAGCAGAUUGAUUCCCUCCCUAAUGAGCUGCACGAUUUGUUUACCACAAUCCUGGCCACUAUUGAGCAGGACAGCCCGAGGAUUGCGUACUCCCUGAUCUCGAUGGCGCUUGGCUGUCCACAGAAUUGGCCAUUGUUCCGCUUCUCUUUCUUGCCGGACUAUCUUGCGAGCCCCAAUUUUGCGCUGGAGUACGGGUCUACUUUCGGAAAGACGGGCAAAGUCAGCACACGAUUGGAACGAGUCCGACGGAUGAUCUACGGAAAAUGUGGAGGACUGCUCGAGAUCUGUUCCACCACUUCGGUAUCCUACGCGGGCGACCCGUUCGAUUCGACCUGGAUGGAACAAGAUCCGACCUUCAACACUACUGUCAAGCCUACUCAUCGGUCAAGUCUGGAGUUCCUAUCCAGUGAAGAGAUCAAGGUCAAGGUCGAGGCACAUAUCAAAGGCUUUGAUAUCCUGGAUAUACUGUGCCAGACCCUGUUGGCCCACCUUAGGACACGUGCUAUUCCGUGCGAAUACUUCAAGGCAUUUUUGGGGGUCGGCACCGGAUGGUAUAUUGCCACUAAAGCGUUCUCCAGGGACCUCUGUGCACUGAUGAGGAGGUCUCUUUCACGGCUGAGCGUUUUCGACCGAUCCAAGAGCGAGAUAAGGGACCUGAUGCAACAUCUCGCAUUUGAGUUUCUGAUUACUUCGGCCGUUGGGUCCACCUCCAUCGGUCAGCCCCGGCUCACGCACGGACUGGUCAAUAUCCUAUCGGUGUAUCUGGAGCAAGGCGCUUUUAUUCAGGAUCCAUCUGGCCACGACGUGCAAAUCUCCUACUGGUUAUCCUUCGUGUGGCAGGUGUUCAUCCGAGGCAUUCGACUCAAAAGCCGCCGCCUGCUUCUCCCUCUGUUCGCGCUAUUUCUGCUCCGCGGGGGCGACCCGCGCAUUCACCUGCAGGUCGACGAGGGCCACCAAUAUCAGUGGGGCAGCACCAAGCUCUAUGACAUCGAGCUGGUCACCGAGGGGCGGCAGGGGCAGAUGCGGCUGCAGUCGGAUUUCGCGCAACUCGAGGCAACGGAGUCGCUUCGACGGCUCUUCCAGCAGAACAACAACCUAGUCUCUUUACGCCAAUUCUUGGAGGUAUUAUUCCCGGUCAAGGUUGCGACUCCUUUUCAGCUUAUGAUUGAUUGGCAUCUUGUGCACGAGGAGGACCUCACGCCAGAGCAGCUGGUCGAGAUGAGAGAGUUGUUUGCGCCAUCGGUUCAGCCCUUGCUGACGCUGCAGGCUAUGGAGGAGGUCUUUGCAGAUGACGAAGAUGAUUGAGGCCGGGGUCAACUUGGAAGUCUCACAGACCCCCUGUCGUCAUAUACGAGCUUCAUUCUCUUCUUCUUUCUUUCUCAUCGCCCAUCAAGUGGAGUCAG